CCGUGUUAGUUUUUAUACACUUUCCUUCGCGAGGAGAACCUGUAGAAGAAGAGAGGCAUAGAAAGUCUCUGGAUACUGUUGCGUUCGUAAACCUAAAGGGUUUUGUACAAACAUGGAUCCUGAGAUAGCUAAAACCCAAGAAGAGAGGAAGAAGAUGGAGAAACAAAUCGCUUCUCUCUCAACAGUUACUUUUGAUACUGAAUUUUAUGAUAGUACUGGAAAUCGAUACGAAGGUUAUGUAAGUUCAAUUGCUGUAAAUGAAGAAGAAGAAACUGUAGAUCCCAGUUUAUCUGAUGUUCCUAGAAGAUUAGCUUCUUAUACUGCACCUCAAUCAUUAAUGAAAGAUAUUGCAGGAAGUGCUGAAGAGCAUAAUAAUAACAACAGCUUGGGGCCGAGAAAAAUUAUUGAUAGAGAAGAUGAGUAUAGAAGGAGAAGAUUGAACCAAGUACUCUCACCUGAUCGAGUUGAUGCUUUUGCAUUGGGAGAUGAAACUCCUGAUCCAUCUGUCAGGACUUAUGCGGAAAUUAUGAGGGAACAAUCUUUGAAAAGAGAGACAGAAGAGACUUUGAGAGAAAUUGGUAAGAAGAAGAAGGAAGAAGAAGAGGAGAAGGAGAGAGGCGGUGGUAGGAAGGUUGAAGAGAGAGAGCGAGACGAGGUACCUGCUCCUGUACCCAAAAGAAGGAAUAGGUGGGAUCAAAAUCAGGAUGUUGAUGCUGCUAGUAAGAAAGCCAAGACUUCUUCGUCUGAUUGGGAUAUUCCAGAUUCAACUCCAGGUAUUGGAAGAUGGGAUGCAACACCUACUCCAGGGAGGAUUGGAGAUGCAACUCCUUCGCUAUCUAGAAGGAAUAGGUGGGAUGAAACACCAACCCCUGGUCGGGUUGCUGAUGCAGAUGCUACUCCGUCCGCUGGUGUAACUCCUGCUGCUACUCCCUCUGGUAUGACUUGGGAUUCUACACCUAAACUUGCCGGUCUUGCUACUCCGACUCCCAAACGUCAAAGAUCGAGAUGGGACGAGACUCCUAUGAGUGUGGGCAGUGCCACUCCAAUGCCGGGUGCAACUCCAUCUGGUAUCUACACUCCAGGAGUUACACCUCGUGGAGGAGGUGAGCUGGCUACCCCAACUCCUGGGGCUUUUCAAGCAAUCACACCUGAACAGUACAAUUUGAUGAGAUGGGAGAAGGAUAUUGAAGAGAGAAAUAGGCCAUUAAGUGACGAGGAACUUGAUUCAAUGUUUCCACAAGAAGGAUACAAAAUUUUGGAUCCUCCAGCAUCUUACGUUCCGAUUAGAACUCCAGCCAGGAAGCUUCUUCAAACUCCCACUCCGUUGGGCACCCCACUUUAUCAAAUCCCAGAAGAGAACCGUGGGCAGCAAUUUGAUGUUCCAAAAGAAGCAGCUGGAGGGUUGCCAGGGAUGAAACCAGAGGAUAUGCAGUAUUUUGGACCAUUGCUGAAUGAAGUUGAUGAAGAAACGUUGUCGCCUGAUGAGCAGAAAGAGAGGAAGAUCAUGAAACUACUGCUAAAGGUCAAGAAUGGAACACCCCCACAGAGGAAAACUGCAUUGAGACAGUUGACUGAUAAAGCGCGUGAUUUUGGUGCUGGCCCACUCUUUGGCAGGAUAUUGCCAUUACUUAUGCAACCGACGUUGGAAGAUCAAGAACGACAUCUUCUAGUUAAGGUUAUUGAUAGGGUUUUGUACAAGUUGGAUGAGCUUGUUAGACCUUUCGUUCACAAAAUCCUUGUGGUGAUUGAGCCUCUUCUGAUCGAUGAGGACUAUUAUGCUCGUGUUGAGGGAAGAGAAAUUAUUUCCAACCUGAGUAAAGCUGCUGGUUUGGCUACUAUGAUUGCUGCAAUGAGGCCCGAUAUUGAUAACAUUGAUGAGUACGUGAGGAACACAACUGCGAGGGCUUUCAGUGUUGUUGCUUCUGCUCUGGGGAUUCCAGCGCUGCUUCCUUUCUUGAAAGCUGUCUGUCAGAGUAAGAAAUCUUGGCAAGCUCGGCACACUGGUAUCAAGAUUGUUCAGCAGAUUGCUAUCUUAAUUGGUUGUGCAGUACUUCCCCAUUUGAAGUCUCUUGUGGAAAUCAUAGAACAUGGUCUUGUGGAUGAGAACCAGAAGGUCAGGACCAUUACUGCACUGUCGUUGGCUGCCCUGGCUGAAGCUUCUGCUCCAUAUGGUAUUGAAAGUUUUGAUUCUGUCCUGAAGCCUUUGUGGAAGGGUAUCAGAUCACACAGGGGUAAGGUUUUGGCUGCCUUCUUGAAAGCAAUUGGUUUUAUCAUUCCCCUCAUGGAUGCGAUAUAUGCUAGUUACUAUACCAAGGAAGUGAUGUUCAUAUUGAUCCGUGAGUUCCAGUCUCCUGAUGAAGAAAUGAAGAAAAUUGUGCUCAAAGUCGUUAAGCAGUGUGUUAGUACAGAAGGUGUUGAAGCUGAUUAUAUCAGAAGUGAUAUUCUUCCGGAGUUUUUCAAGAACUUUUGGGUGAGAAGAAUGGCAUUGGACCGUAGAAACUAUAGGCAGCUAGUGGAAACCACUGUGGAGAUCGCAAACAAGGUCGGUGUUGCCGAUAUAGUGGGAAGAAUCGUUGAGGAUCUUAAAGAUGAGAGUGAACCUUACAGAAGAAUGGUGAUGGAAACUAUUGAGAAGGUGGUUGCGAACUUGGGUGCAUCUGAUAUCGAUGCACGCUUGGAAGAACUUCUUAUUGAUGGUAUACUGUACGCUUUCCAGGAGCAAACUAGUGACGAUGCUAAUGUUAUGUUGAAUGGAUUUGGGGCUGUUGUGAAUGCCCUGGGGCAGAGAGUGAAACCCUAUCUUCCUCAGAUAUGUGGUACCGUUAAGUGGCGUUUGAACAACAAGAGUGCGAAGGUUAGACAACAAGCAGCAGAUCUCAUUUCUAGGAUUGCUGUUGUGAUGAAGCAAUGCCAAGAAGAGCAGCUGAUGGGUCAUCUUGGUGUUGUUUUGUACGAGUACUUGGGAGAAGAGUACCCUGAAGUUCUGGGAUCCAUUUUAGGAGCUCUGAAGGCAAUUGUGAAUGUUAUCGGAAUGACAAAGAUGACACCGCCAAUCAAAGAUCUGCUUCCUCGAUUGACUCCUAUUUUGAAGAAUCGACAUGAAAAAGUUCAAGAGAACUGCAUUGAUCUUGUCGGUAGGAUUGCCGAUCGUGGAGCUGAAUUCGUUCCUGCGAGGGAGUGGAUGAGAAUAUGUUUUGAGCUUCUUGAGAUGCUAAAAGCCCACAAGAAAGGAAUUCGAAGGGCUACUGUCAACACAUUUGGAUACAUCGCGAAAACCAUUGGACCCCAAGAUGUCCUGGCAACAUUGUUGAACAACCUCAAAGUGCAGGAGCGUCAGAACCGUGUAUGCACAACUGUAGCUAUUGCAAUAGUUGCGGAAACUUGUUCUCCAUUCACAGUUCUGCCAGCUCUUAUGAAUGAGUAUCGUGUGCCAGAGCUGAAUGUGCAAAAUGGCGUCUUAAAAUCACUUUCGUUCUUGUUCGAGUAUAUUGGCGAGAUGGGGAAGGAUUAUAUAUAUGCUGUGACUCCUCUUCUUGAAGAUGCGUUAAUGGAUAGGGAUCUGGUUCACAGGCAAACGGCGGCCUCCGCUGUAAAGCACAUGGCUUUAGGCGUGGCAGGGUUAGGCUGUGAAGAUGCUUUAGUUCAUCUUCUGAAUUAUGUCUGGCCGAAUAUAUUUGAGACUUCUCCCCAUGUUAUUAAUGCUGUAAUGGAAGCAAUUGAAGGAAUGAGGGUUGCCUUAGGGGCUGCUGCAAUUUUGAAUUACUGUUUGCAGGGACUUUUUCAUCCAGCACGGAAGGUCAGGGAGGUGUAUUGGAAGAUUUAUAACUCACUGUACAUUGGAGCGCAGGAUGCCCUUGUAGCUGCGUACCCGGUGUUGGAGGAUGAGGAGAGCAAUGUAUUUAGCAGGCCGGAGUUGGUGAUGUUUGUAUGAGAAAUUGUAGUUCCUGCUUGUCAUGCGACCGAUAUGCUAAAACUAUAACCGACUCUGCAGAACAGGGAUGUUUUUAUAUUUUAGUAUUUUCUUGAUACGAACGGAACUGCUGAUUCAAGCAGAUUUGCAGCAAUCUUUUGUGUACCAGACAUAUCUACUUGCUUAUUAGUAUAUACAUGCACUGUUUGAUGAUUAUCUUAAUUGUUAGUUUGCUUCAAGUUAUUAGUAGUUUUGUUUUAUGAUUCUUAAUUAAUUGAAUGUUGUAGAUCGUCUGUUGAUCUUGGGAAGAGAACUGGCUGUAUACCUGAAGGGCACCAACACCAUACGUACAUUGCUUCCUACGGUUGAGUUUCCUUGGAAGUGGGGGAGAUUGGUUGAAACUCUUUUGUUUAUGAAAGUAUGUUCACUUUACCUGGAAAGGGAAGUAUUCAGAGCACUGUAUUAAUUGUCCAGUUUUUAUGGCUACAACUUCACAAUCGUAAAUAUUUGUUUGUGUCAGGAGUUGCAUCUUAUGUUUGGUUGGCAUUUUAGGAGUUGGGUCGGCCUCAAGGUAUUUCCAGUUCACUCUAAGGUCACUGUGUUUGUGUGUACUGUGGUAAGGUAUGCAGACAGUUCAUUGUACAUGGUUAUUGCUGAAUAUAAUCUUUAUUCUUGAAACAAAAUAUUGGGAUUAUAUCUGUGUAGUCGCAGUUUUCUUGGAUUAGUACCGGAGACAUUGUUAUGAGAAAAAGCACUUACAAGGGUUUCAUGAGAGGUGUUCUUUAUAUGCCAAGCUUGGUGUAACAGCUGUUUAUGUUAAAAGUAACAUCUUUUGUUUCGUCAUGGUGUUUGAUGUUGUACUGCAUGAUGUUUGAAAGAACAUCAGUUGGGUGGAUGUCAUUGUUUUUGCUUUC